AUGAAGGUCACCAACCAAGGGGAUGUGCCGGUGUAUACCGUGGCCGGCGCAGAUACCGCACGGCCGCUGCCCGACUGGCUCGCCCGUCAACGAAAGAGAAGUCUCAAAGCCGACGCCGAGUACCAGAACCGAAUUGAGUUGCUUCAAGACUUCGAAUUCGAGGAAGCCUCCCAGUGUGUGAGAGUCUCGGAAGAUAGUGAAUGGAUCAUGUCGACGGGUACAUACAAGCCCCAGAUCCAUGUCCAUUACCUGCCUCACCUGUCUCUAUCGUUCGCGCGCCACACGACCAGCCUGAACGUCACGUUCCGCCUGCUUGCGACAGACUAUUCGAAAUCGUUACAUUUGCAGAGCGAUAGACGGGUGGAAUUCCAUACACCUGGAGGACUUCAUCAGGCCCUAAGACUACCACGUUAUGGCAGAGAUCUCAUUUACGACCGAAUUUCGACCGAAGCACUAGUUCCGGCAGUUGGACUAGACUCCGAUGGACAUGGCGAAGUUUUCCGUAUGAAUCUCGAGCUUGGGCGGUUUCUCAAGUCCUACCAAGUCGACGUAGGGCACGAUGAGGGUGUCGAGGCCGGUCUGCAGGGAAGCAUAUAUGCUCCCAGUGUCAAUACAGCCGCAAUUGCGGAAAAUACCCACAACCUGCUAGCCUUUGGGACGUCUGUUGGCUCUAUUGAGUUCUGGGAUCCACGAUCCAAAGCUCGAAUCGCCGUCUUGGGCGGCCAAGAAGGAGAGGUUACGGCUCUUGAUUUCAAUCCGUCUGGCCUAUCCAUUGCAACAGGAACGUCUACUGGUUUGAUCAAACUGUUCGAUCUAAGAAGUCCCCGGCCGUUGGUAGCGAAGGACCAUGGACAAGGGUUUCCCAUAAAGAACCUCACGCAUAUGACUACUUCUUCCCAGGAGCGUAAGGUCAUGUCGAGCGACAAGAAGAUAAUCAAAAUCUGGGAUGAGCUUGAUGGGUCACCUUGGACGGCUGUCGAACCUCUUGUGAAUAUCCACCACGUGGAAUGGGUCAAGAAUACUGGCAUGCUCCUUACUGCGAACGAGGGACAGCCGAUGCAUUCGUUCUUCAUACCACAGCUGGGAAGCGCACCGCGAUGGUGCUCGUUCCUCGACUCCGUUACCGAAGAGAUGGCGAACGAAGUCAGCACCGACAAUUACGACAACUACAAAUUCUUGACCUUACCUGAAUUGAGGUCUCUCAGCAUGGACCACUUGGUUGGCAAGACGAACCUGUUGCGGCCUUAUAUGCAUGGAUAUUUCGUAGAUUCGAAACUAUACGAACAAGCUCGGCUGAUCGCCAACCCGUGGCAACACGAGGAAGAUCGUGCCAAACGCAUCAAGGAGAAGGUCGAGAAGGACCGCGCUAGCCGGAUCCGCGGCAACAAGAAAGUCAAGGUCAACCAGAAGCUUGCUGACAGACUACUCAAGAAGCAAGAGAAGAGGGCGGUGGUUGAUGAGAAUGCUGGGAUUCUCGGUGACUCGCGUUUCAGUCGACUCUGGGAAGACCCAGCGUUCAAAGUCGAUGAGACGACUCGCGAGUUCCAGGUUCUCAACCCAAGCACAAAGGUUGAUCCUGAAACCGGCAGAGAUCUUACUGCAACGGCUCACUUCUCAGAUAAAAGCGACAGUGACUCGAGUAGCGAGGAAGACAGCGAUGCUGCAGACAUACGUCGCAAGAAGGCGAAAGAUGAGGUGGUCAUGCGUGUCAGCUCCUCGAAUCGUGGUGGUGAUGGACGCGCUCGAGAUACAGCGUUGGGUUCCAGAGCUCAAAAGCCAGGCCGGGAAAACAAAGCUAGAAGUGGUAAGGUGACUGGAGAGAGACAAGUCACAUUCAUGCCAGAGUCCAGAAGGAAGAAGAAGGAGGAAGAAGUGGCGGAGCCGGCAACAAAGUACAAGCGCACUGAUUCGAGGCGGAGUGCGAGUACGAAUACCUUCAGGCGACUUUGA